AUGGCAACAUUUUCUCCGGGGGAUCUUCUCAUUCUUCCAAGGAAUUCUCAUAUAUCAGUUAUAUCUGCUUUGGUAUUAUCUGGUGCAUUGCCUAAGUACAUCAUUCCUCACAUUCUCAAUGAUUGUGGACAUUGCUGCUGGUCACUCCAUCUCAGAUCUGUGCUAAAACAAAUACCCGGUAUCUCAGUACUUGAUAAUUCAAGCUUCCCAGCCUCUCCUGCAGUUGAUCCAUUGCGUCUCACUGUAGGGUUUUGGAAUCUUGGUUUAUCAGGUUCUGAAGCAGACAAAAUCUUAUACAAGGAUUAUGAUGUUAUCUGUGAAAUAUUUCGGAAUAGAUCAAUAACUUAUGCACUUAAUCUUGGGACUUGUAGGGAGCAUGUCCACAGGCUUGUGUUGGGAAUUAAGCGUUUGGCUGCAACAUAUGGUUCCAUUCCAAAAGCAGAGAAGAAAGUGGUGAAUGUUCAUGCACCCUUUGAUGAUGUAAUAAUGAGUAUGAUCCCUAGAGAUGCGUUUUUUGCAAGUAAAAGAAAAGUGGCAAUAAGAGAGAGCAUUGGUGAGGUUGCAGGGGAGAUUAUAUGUCCCUACCCUCCUGGUGUACCAAUAUUGAUCCCUGGUGAGGUUGUAACUGAAAACAUUGUUGAUUAUCUGCUUCUUGUUACAAGUAAAGGCGCUGAAGUUAAUGGGGCAUCUGACUCUUCGCUUUCUUCGAUAGUUGUCUGCGGUAAAUUAGCAGCUGGGAAGGAGCACCCUUAAGCGAAAACUUCCAAAGUGGUGCUGGUCUGUGUUACUGUACAAU